UGUCCCUCUUUUCCUUCGUGCCUUUCCUCGGUCUAGACCAAAAGAUGGUUCGCUAACAAGCAUAAAUAGUGCGAGCAAAAGUUCGUGCGCGCAGACCUGCUAGCCCGUCACAGGAAGCGGCAUUCUGCCUCGUAUAUCCCGCGGAACCGAAUGCCGAGUUUCAGUGCGACGACCGAUUCGUCAACCCCAGCUCCUGCUGUAUCACCAACCGCCGUCGCCGAAGUCCGUCCCACCCUCGCCCGGGUUCCGCAUGACGCCGCAAUACUCCUCUCACCGGAUACGACCACACAUCCUCCGCCAACGCUUCCCAACCCAGGUCCACCCAGAAUGGCUCAACCUUCUAGCUGGGCUUCGCAGCUGCCAGACCUUGGGGCCUGCAAUAUCAUUCGCCCCAAGCCAGGCUACUAUGCCCGCGAGGACCAGCGCGCCCCUGAGCAGCCCGCCGCUGUGCCCUAUCACAGUGUCGAAUUUCAGCACGAUGAUAUGUCUCGUGAGAACUUUGCCGUCUGGUUGUUCAAUCCACAUGCGCCCUAUGGUGAUUUUAGUGUCUCGCACAUUCCGUUUAUGGAUGGCGGUCUUGAGUCGACUUUCAAUAACAACAUUCACUACGAUUACGAGUCAUUGACGAGCGGCCGAUCACAGGAGACUCCUGCCCGCUUUGUCGAGGAUGAACUCAUCACCGAGUUCCGCCGACAGGAGAUCCUACGCUGCUUCCACUUGUUCCGUCAGAAGCACCCUAAAUGUGAACCACUGGUGGCGAAUCUUGUUCACGACAGCAACGGCGAUAUCCCUGCCCUUGGACUCGAGAUGAUGCGCGACUGUCUGCAAGAGUAUUGGGAGCACGUGUCACCCCGGCUUCCUAUUGUGCACCAACCCACUUUUUCGUGCAACCGAUGCUCCCUGUAUUUGCUCCUCGUCAUGGUCGCCCUGGGCGCUGCUUCGCUGCGCGGCAGGGACUCGAGUGGGAAUCUCUCUGAUUACGGAGGUUUUGCUGACGUGAUUAUCCUCGGGGUAAGGUCUGAGAUAUUGACCGCAGAGGAAGCGCAGCCGCCGGUCUGGCUCUGGGUUUCUCAAGCCUUAUUGCUCCUCGAAUUCUAUGAGAAGAUGUACUCAUCUCGGCGCCUCCACGAACGGGCCCACAUCUACCACUCGGUUGCACUGACCCUUCUCCGUCGAGGGAGCCCCCUAAUCGGCCGUUCGGGCAGCGAAUCACCCCCUGAAGUACCGUCAGCCGAACAUCCACAGGGGGUUGGACUCGAUUCCCGCACAUGGUGGGGGCGAUGGGCCGAGACGGAAGCGAUGCACCGUGUGGUCUUUGCAGCUUUCAUGAUGGAUAUAAUACAUGCCGCUAUGUUUGGUCAUACUGCCGACAUGGCACCACACGAGAUUCGCUUGCCGCUCCCAUGCGAUGACAAUCUGUGGACAGCGUCGAACCCGGAUACUGUGCGGCAGCUCGACCAGAACCUCCGCAUGUACGGUGUGCAGACCAUAUCGUUCCUCGAUGGCCUGAAGCGUGCCGUUCACGGCAAAGAAGUCAAAACGCACUCGUUCGGCCGUAUGAUCAUCAUGUCUGGGCUACUCAGUGUCGGUUGGCAUCUCAGCCACAGAGAGACGCAUCUCAAAUGGUUAGACCUGUCGGCGCCGCCUACAGAGACCCAGGAUGUAUGGAGGAGAAAGUUGCUGAACGCAUUCGACGACUGGAAGCGGAGUUUUGAUGCGGCACAGGGCGCAGCGGGAACAUCAGGCCUCGCCGAUUCGUCGGCUCAAUUCUCUGGUUCAAAUGGGCCGAUCAAUAGCGCCGCUGUACUGUACCACUUGGCGCAGAUCAGCUUACAUGUCGACAUCAUAGACUGUCAAGUAUAUGCUGGUGCUAAGCGAUUGCUCGGGAGAAAGGUGUCGGUGAGGGAUUAUACCAACGUCGUCGCCCGCAUGAGAGGGUGGGCAUCUUCGCCAUCGACACGUCAUGCCGUCCUGCAUGCCUUCAAACUCCUCCACCGCGUGCUGGUAGAUCCUCGACGAAGCGGCGGCGCGAGCGAACGUGAGCGGUUGGACGUUGGCGGCGUCAGCCUGCCCCCGAUUGAGGUACAGACCUAUUCUUGCCGCAAUGAGCCCGACCCACACCGGCCCUGGGUCAUGUACUACGCCGCGUUGUGUAUCUGGUCUUUUGUACGCGCCCUCAGCCGCCAGGACUCGGUCCAAGACCCGCCAUCGCAUUCGCACACCCAAUUCCGCCACAACAAGCCUCCGCCGGUCAACUAUCGCCGCGUUGCCGCUUAUCUUUCGCACGUGGCGAAUCUCUCCGAGCUGACCGAAUCUGUGGCCAUGGGCUUGGGAGACGGCCUGCCAGACCUGCUGGAUGCCUUGCGCUCUAUCUUCUCUGAGGCUCACUCUGAACUGCUGCAAGAAGCAUGCGAGCGUCUCCGAAUCUGCAAAGAGAUGCUUGUCAACGUAUCAGGUUGACACCUGUCUUCACAGCUGACAGGUUCUCAACAAAGGUCCAGUUGCAAUGGGGACCCCCUGCAGGGCCAUGACAGGAUUGAGACAGUCUUGGUA